GUAUUAGAGUAUGUGUAGUACGAGUAGUAUUAGAGUAUCUUGCCCUACCAUGCCCCUUCCAGUUUCGCGUGCUCAAGGUUAGGGUUUAGUCUUGAUGAUGAAGCCGUCAACGGCUGUUUCUCUCGAUCGGCUAGGCUGAGCAGUAUGCUAUCUCCGAUGCCUCGGUUCUGCUGGGUUUUAUUUGAGAGCAAUGUUUGGGAUCGACUCGGCAGCGAUGGAGGCAGUAACAGCGGGCUCAGCCCGUUUCCGGCCUCUCCUCCGCAGCUGCAAUACCGUACGGAAAGCAGCAGCAUCUAGUUCAAAUGCUGGAAAGCUUGGUGUUUGCGGAACCAAGCAAGCCGGCCUACGCCGCAAGAGACAACGAGAAGCUGAAGGUCGGCCAGUUAGUGCCAAAUCUGAUUCCCUCAUCAGCGAUAUCCCCGAUAGUCUCCUCAUCUACAUUCUGCAACGCCUUCCGAAUCCCAGAUCGGUUUGUGCGUGCAAAUCCGUCUGCAAGCGUUGGAACCUGCUCAUCUCCGAUCCCGACACCCUCCAGCAGUUGGUUUCUCGCCACAGGAUCAAUCUGACCGGCGAAAUGGAGGAGAGGCGACCUCUGUUGAUCUAUUUCGAUCGGCCCCAAACACACGAAUCAAUCGUGAGGAGCAUCGUUCCUUCACAUUUCCUCUCCAACAAUGUUCCCUAUGAUGACCGCCACACUAUCCAAGUCAUCUCGUGCUGCAACGACUUGCUCCUGUGCGGGAGGAUUAGACCUAAAAACAGGUACCGCAGGAGGUUCUUUGUCUGCAAUCCGUUUACAAAGCAUUGUGUCACACUCCCUCUGGUCCCUCGACACCUCACAUAUCGCGAAGGAUUCUACUUUGGAACUCAUCGUUCGGGUACCGAGAUGGAGGCAUCCCUAAUUGGAUUUGUUUGCGAACCCUGCUUUUAUUAUGAUGAUGCAUCUAGCAGUAGUAGUCAUGUGGGGACAACGCUGCUGAAGAAUCCCAAGUUUCGAUUCCGUGUAGUGUUCUUUUUCAAAAGUCGUAAUGGUCUUGGAGUGACCACCUUCUGCUCUGAGUCGUGGGAGUGGAAGUUCUCUAGUUAUGGAUAUCAGGAAGUGGAGGUUGAAGAAACAGUUAUACCUCCCACCGCACCCUAUAUUGGCAUCGGCAAUGCUCAUUCUACCUCUACUUCAGCAGGGACGAAGCUAUUUUGGAAGACUGCGCAAGCCAAGGUUGCUGUUUACGAUCCUUUCAGCGAGCAAAGUCCACCACAGAUCAAUUUGGUUGAUUGUUCUCAUUUAUGGUCCAAUGAUAUUGUUAACUACAAUUUCUUGGUUGGAGUUUCCCAAGGCUUUUUGCGUGGGAUGGUGUUUCCACGCCCAGGUCCAUCAACCUACAACAAAGAUGGAUUCUUUAGUCUCUGGAAGCUGGAAGAGGACAAGGACUUGGUGGGCGGCUAUAGAUGGAGUUUGGACUAUCAGGUGUCCAUGCGAGUGUUAUACAACGUUAUUGUCCGACGACAUAAAAUGAACAAGAUAGAAGGAGGAAGGAGGAAGAAGACACGGUUGCGGGUACUGGGUGUUCACCCAAGCAGGCCAGAGGCAUAAGGUAGUGGGAGAGAUUAUACCGAUUGCUGAUAUUAAUGCGACCCAUCUUAGGUUUAAAUAUUGGGGCAGGUUUGGAGUAGGUGAUCCAAUCGGCUGGGCUGUAUUCCAGCCUUCGAUUCCUUUUUGGCCGACUCCAAUUCCAGUGCCAGAUGUUGCAACCGAAUUUGCUGAAGAACCAGAGGAGAACAUCAAGGAGGGUACUGUGGGAUUCAUGUACAGUGUCUGGUGACACAACUGAUAAACUAAGCAUAGAUCUAGAUGAGCAGCAGAGUGUGCUGUGGUUCGUCAUCAAGAAUAGCGGAGUAUGGCUAGCUUACGGUACUGAGGCAUGGAGGAAAUCUAGAGUGAAGGUGUGAACGAGUUAUUGUUGUAUUGUUCCGGUGCUGCAAUGAUAGUGUUAUUUAUGGAGUUGUGGUUAUGUAGACGGAUGUGUAUGAUAUAUGAUACUCGUGCAUCUACCUUUGCUUCUCUGGAAAAUGUUCCUCAAAUGUUUUGCGUUCUGCCUUUUUCAGUUCCUGGUAAUGUAGUAAAACCUUCUACUGGUUGCUAAAAAAAAAUAAUAAUAAUAAAAAAAAAAAUAUUAGAGUAUGUGUAGUACGAGUAGUAUUGUGUUAUACUACGAGUACUAGUAUGUAAUUGGGUA